AGCUACCGUUUCACCGCUGUCAUUCCGUCUGCGAUCACGUUUACCUAGGCGAGGACUUUUGCCCCAACUUUCGGAAUAAAAUAUUCUGGAAAAAUAGGAUAUUAACGUUCGUUUCAGUGCAGUAUCGACUCAUUCCCUUCCAAUAUGCAACCGCAAAUCAUUCUGCUGAAGGAGGGCACCGAUACCUCGCAGGGCAAGCCUCAGCUAGUGUCGAACAUCAAUGCCUGCCAGUCGAUUGUCGAUGCGGUGCGGACGACACUCGGCCCCCGCGGUAUGGACAAGCUGAUCGUGGACAGCAAGGGUAAGGCCACGAUUUCCAACGACGGAGCGACAAUCAUGAAGCUGCUGGACAUCGUGCACCCGGCGGCCAAGACGCUCGUCGACAUUGCCAAAUCGCAGGACGCGGAGGUGGGCGACGGUACCACGAGUGUGGUGCUGCUGGCCGGCGAGUUCCUGAAGCAGCUGAAGCCGUUCGUGGAGGAGGGCGUGCAUCCGCGCAUCAUCAUCAAAGCGGUACGCAAAGCGCUGAACCUGUGCGUGGCGCAAAUCAACGAGCUGGCGUUCAAGAUCGAAAAGCACGACACCGAGAAGCACCGGGCGCUGCUGGAGAAGUGCGCCGCGACCGCGCUCAACUCGAAGCUCAUCCACCAGCAGAAGGAGUUCUUCUCGAAGAUGGUGGUCGACUCGGUCACGACGCUGGACGUGCUGCUGCCGCUGAACAUGAUCGGCAUCAAGAAGGUGACGGGCGGUGCGCUCGAGGACUCGAUGCUGGUGGAGGGUGUCGCCUUCAAGAAGACGUUCGCGUACGCCGGGUUCGAGAUGCAGCCCAAGAGCUACGACAACGUGAAGAUCGCGCUGCUCAACAUCGAGCUGGAGCUGAAGGCGGAGCGGGACAAUGCGGAGGUGCGCGUGGACAAUGUGGCCGAGUACCAGAAGGUGGUGGACGCCGAGUGGCAGAUACUGUACGACAAGCUGGCCAAAAUCCACCAGUCCGGUGCGCAGGUCGUGCUGUCCAAGCUGCCGAUCGGCGACGUGGCGACACAGUACUUCGCCGACCGGGACAUGUUCUGUGCCGGGCGCGUACCGGAGGAGGACCUGAAGCGCACGCUCAAGGCGUGCGGUGGCGCCGUCAUGACGACGGUACAGGACAUCAGCGACAAGGUGCUGGGCACGUGCGCACACUUCGAGGAGCGCCAGAUCGGUAGCGAGCGGUUCAACCUGUUCCAGGGCUGCCCGAACGCGAAAACGUGCACGAUCAUACUGCGCGGCGGUGCGGAACAGUUUCUGGAAGAGACGGAACGUUCGCUGCACGAUGCAAUCAUGAUUGUGCGGCGCACGAUUCGCAACGAUUCCGUUGUGGCCGGCGGUGGUGCAAUUGAGAUGGAGCUGUCGAAAAUGCUACGCAACUAUUCGCGCACAAUUGCCGGCAAGGAGCAGCUGCUGAUCGGCGCCAUGGCCAAGGCGCUGGAAAUCAUCCCCCGUCAGCUGUGCGACAAUGCGGGUUUCGAUGCAACCAACAUUCUCAACAAACUGCGCCAGAAACACGCACAAGGUUGCCAAUGGUACGGUGUGGACAUUAUGAAGGAACACAUUGCCGACAACUUCGAGGCGUUCGUGUGGGAACCGUCGGUCAUCAAGAUCAACGCACUGACGGCUGCCUGUGAGGCCACGUGCAUGAUCCUGUCCGUGGACGAAACGAUCAAAAGCCCCAAAUCGGGCGCCGGUGAAGCACCGCAGCCACCGAUGGGCCGCGGUAUGGGACGUCCGUUCUAAGCCGGGUUCAUCGGCCUUACUUACUACCGUUUUUCUUUUUAGUUUUUGCGUACGCUUUACACUGUCAUUUCUCAUCUUUCUCAACCAAAUAACCAAAUCGUCUCUUCUCACUGUCGUGCUCUAACACCCCUCCCUUUCCAUCACACCCAAGGCACACACACACACACCUCAUACACACAUUCGGUUUCGCGAUUUUCGAAGCACACGCGCAUUAUUUUGGCGUAACAUUAAGUUCACCCGUAACUAAUACAAUGAAGCAGGAGCGAGAGAUAGAGAGAGAGAGCGAGGGGAGAUCCGGAACCGGAAACAAAAUGCCUUUUUCUUACUGCAUCGCUCUCAUGAAAUGAAUAAAUUACGAGCGAGAUAAUCGAUCCAUUCAAA